GCAUUCUCAUCUACGUCACCGUCGUUACUGGCACAGCUCCGCCAUGCUGCCAUCACUGCGGGUCGCCACCACCGUCCAGUUCCAAUGGCAUCGUCGUCAUGGUCAUGCUCAAGCCCGACAACUUGGACGCCAAUCACACGACACGAGGGUGGAGAAGACACGGCAGUUUCAGAUGCAUACGGAAUGCGUGGCACAUGAUGUAUUUUCAAUUCUUUCUUUUGAUCCCCAUUUCUACUAAUGUAUUCCAUGGCCAGUUCGAUCGACAUCGCGCGACUUCACCCGGAUCUCGAUCAGCCGGCGGCCGCCGCGGUCAACGAACGAGGGCUAGGCGGCAAGGCGGGCAUGGCGUCCGAGCUAGCCGGCCUCGCCGUGGUCUCGGUCGCCGCGGCUGGGGCCCUCUCCUACGCGCGACUCGCCACCGCGCGCUUGAGCCCCGGAAUCCCCCGCCUCGCGGCGCUCCUCCCGGUGCUCCUCCUCCUCCCCGCCCUCCCCUUCGCCUUCGCCUCCAUCCACCUCCGCACCAUCUCCGCCUUCUUCCUCGUCUGGCUCUGCGGCUUCAAGCUCCUCCUCCUCGCCGCCGGCCACGGGCCGCUCCACCCCGCCCUCCCGCUCGUGCGCUUCGUCGCGUGCGCCGCGCUGCCCGUCAAGGUCCGGGACGAGAAGCAGCAGCAGCAGCCGUCCCGCGCUCUCCCUUCCGGAUCCCUGCUGUCCUACGCGGCCAAGGCGGCGCUCUUCGCGGCGCUCGUCUCCGCCCGGUGCUACAGGGAGCGGAUGCCCCCGUACGCCGUGCCCGUGUUCGACGGCACGCACGUGUACCUGAUGCUCGAGCUCUUCCUCGCGUCCGCCGCGGCGCUCGCCCGCGCGCUGCUGGGCGCGGAGCUGGAGCCGCAGUUCGACCGGCCGUACCUCGCCUCCUCCUUCGGCGACUUCUGGGGCCGCCGGUGGAACCUCAUGGUCCCGGGCGUGCUCCGGCCCUGCGUGUACCGCCCCGUGCGCGCCCGCCUCGGCGCCGCCGCGGGCGUGCUCGCGGCGUUCCUCGUGUCCGGCGCCAUGCACGAGGUCAUGUUCUACUACAUCACGCUGGAGGCCGGGACCGGGGAGGUGACCGCCUUCUUCGCGUUGCACGGCGCGUGCGUGGUGGCCGAGCGGCGGUGGCGGGGCAGCGGGCUGUGGCGGCCGCCGCGCCCCGUGGCGACGGCGCUCACGCUGGCGUUCGUGACGGGGACCGGGUCGUGGCUCUUCUUCGCGCCCGUGAUCCGGAGCGGGCUCGACAAGGCCAUCAUCGCGGAGUGCGAGGGGAUGCUGGCGCUCCUGGAGCGGGCUGGCCGGAAUCUGGCCGCGACAGCACAUUUGGCUUGACCCGCUGGAUGGUACUGAACCUUGUAGGAUGUAAUCCAAUUUGGUUGUCUGCAGAGUGCAGAUUUAGAGAUUGCAUAAUCGAUAGGAACAUGCUAAUAUGCGGUUUCCCUCUGUAUAGCAAAUUUCAGUAUGACAGUCGUU